AACGCAUAAAAUUUCAUAGCAACAUUAAAUGGCUCAUGUUAAAGCCGUCACCAUUUCUAUUCCUUUCUCUCUCUUUCUUUUAUCAUAUCCUAGGGAGGCACUUUCUAAGUUGUACUUUGUUUUGCAGCAGUAAACUAUAAAAAACUUGAAAAAGUGGUUUUCAAAAGGUUAUCAUUUUGUGGAAACAUAACAGGGUCAGCACUCUCUUUCUGUGUUUUCAGCAACAGCAGUGAAAUAAACAGGCAUAUAAUCAAUCAUAAAACAAAAAAUCCAGACAAAGGAUUUGAGUUUCCAUUUGUUAGUUUGGUUUCGAAUCCUCCAAGGUUUCUGGUAACUGUGGUGUUACUUUCCAGUUAUCCACCUUUCAAGUAGGUCAUCAAAGUUGCAAACUAGACACCCUUUUGAGGUAAAAGCUCAGAUGCUUGAUUUAGUUUGGGGAUAGUUCAAGAAGUCCACAGGACUGAAGUUUUUACCUUUGCUCGAUACUGGUUUUGCUUUCCUACUUCAUGUACAGUUUCUUCAAUUUUAAGGCCAAGUUAGCUUCUCAAUUUUUUGCGGUCACCUGAGUUUCUUCACUUGGUUUCUGGCUCCUUGUCCGAUUGGGUCUUUGAAGUAUAAAAUUUUAAAGCACCUUGCGGUUGUCCGAAUCACAGUGAUGUAUAAGAACCAGCUGCAAGAGCUAGCUCAGAGAAGCUGCUUCAACUUACCGGCUUAUGCUUGUAUACGGGAGGGACCAGACCAUGCUCCUCGCUUUAAAGCCACUGUCAACUUCAAUGGGGAAAUCUUUGAGAGCCCAACUUUUUGCAGUACCCUCAGACAAGCAGAACAUGCUGCAGCUGAAGUUGCACUUGGUGUGCUCUCAAAGAAAGGUCCUUCAAAAGCAUUGGCUGCAAGAGUAUUGGAUGAAACUGGAGUUUACAAGAAUCUGCUUCAAGAAACAGCUCAUAGAGCUGGAUUGAAACUUCCAGUUUAUACAACUGUUCGAUCUGGACCACGCCAUAUCCCUGUUUUCUCUUGUACGGUGGAGCUUGCUGGAAUGAGCUUUAGGGGAGAGACUGCUAAAACCAAGAAGCAAGCUCAGAAAAAUGCAGCAAUGACUGCUUGGAGUGCUUUGAAAAAGUUGUCAAAGUCAGGCGCUUCAACUGCUUCCUCUCUUUCUCCUUUAUCGGAAUCUGGGAGUAAUGAUGAGCAGGAACAGGUAACUGUUGCCCGUUAUCUUGCCUCCCUCCAACCACGAGAGACAAACAAGUCAUCACUGAGAUUCCAGCAUCAUGGACAUAAUUCAGCCCCCAUCCAGAAGCAUGUAAGCCGAUAUAAUAGAUCAUUGUUUCCCUUACAGCAUAGAAGUUGGGCGCAUUCUCAAAUCUCCCCAGAAGUAUCUAUGUACCAAGCAUGGCUCGAAGAAGCAGCAUACCAUAAUCAAAAACACCUCUUUUCGCUUUCUUCACAACCUACCUCUCCACAUAGACCUCAGAUUGUUCCAUUUAUCCAUUUUGUGUUCCAACCAGAUCAUAGACAGUAUUUCCUAGCUAAGGAGCCAGACUCCACCUCAGUUGUUCCAGGAAUCAGCCCAGUUCUAUAUUUUUCAACAAAUCCAGUACCUGACCCAGGUAAGAGUGUUUCCCAAGUCACCAUACAAGAGAUAGAGGAAAAACCGCAAGUGGAACAAGAGUGGCUUAGAAGUGAUAGAGAUUCCAACCACUGGGAAAAGAAUUUUAUGUCAGUUGCAUCAACGCCUUCUCCAAGUUCUGCAAUAAAUAUUUCGGGUUGUCUCAACGGUUACCCUGAGCAGAAACCUCAGAAGAGGCUGGAGGGGGAGAAUGAAGAGAGGAGUUUCAGGUCAAUGCCAUAUACUAGUUUCUCAAAUGAACUAGAAAGCAACCAAAUUGCACAACCUUGUGUUUCAUCAUCGUUCACAGAUGCCAGGCUUAGACCACAAGCAAUAAGCAUAGAUAAGACCAACUUGUCAUUGCAGAAUCCACAUGCCUCAGACUACUUGCACUCAAAUUCUAGGCCCCAAAAUUUCCCUGCUGUGAGUUCUGCAACAUCUGUAACAGGUUUACCAGCUUCAUUUGCAGCCCCUCUGAUGGUCAGAACAGCUGGUACUUCAUGUCCUGUUUCUCUGAGACCCGAAAAUUUGAACCUUCAAACGCCUACUCCACCAAGAAGAAUCAGUGCUUCUACAUGUUCCAGAAGGCCUCGGCUAGAAGGAAUGAAGAAUGCUGGAGUGAGGCAAUCAGCUAGAUUCGUUGCACCAGCAGUUCAUAUUAGAUCAGUUGUGCCAGUCUGUUCAGCUCCUCCGGCUAAAAAGCCUCCCGGUCCCAACCAAGAAAGACUGUUUUCCAGCGAUGAGGAGAACCAAAGUUGAAUCAAUAGGAGAAGUUUCAGCUCAAAGCUUGGACUUUGGUAAACUUCAUAUGUAAGCAACUUCAGAGUUUUUCUUUUUUGCCCGAUCUUGUUGCAUAUUUUCUUUACAGGCAAUUGCUGAAAGAAUUUUACAUGUCAAAUGGUAUAAUGUAUAAAGAAACGAAAUAAAGAAACAUACAAA